AUGAUCGCCCAAAUCCCCCACCACCUGGGGCAGCUGCUCUCGCAGAUACGUGUUUCUACAGACCGUCACCACCUGGAACCCACGUGGAGGGUGUCCUUGCCUACCAGCCAUACCCCAGAGGAGACAGCAGUGCCCGUAGCUUCCCGGGUGACUUGCGGGGGGUGCCCGCGAGAGCAGACCUUCCGACCUCCCGUCCAGGAAUCCCCAUCACACCGACAACACACUGGUGAAGGUUCUGCACCGACAGCCAUCGAUGCCCACCAGGCCAUCCCACUUGGGACCCAGAUGCCAGGACCGCAGGCGCCGUCCAAACCCUGCCCCUACGCACGUGCGCCUAAUCCUUCCAAAUCCGCCGCGACUCGCACCGGACCCCGAGUCAGAGGGGGAAACAGUCGCACAUUCCCCACAGUAGCGACAGCUAACCGCCAGCUCCCCGAGGAGCUGGGCACUCAGAGUCCACACACGACUCUCCGCCCACGCUCACACACGCGCUUGGCCCCUCCCUCACAAACGCCCAGAGACCGCACUACCCCACGCGUGCGAACACACGUGCCACACUCCCAGCGGACAAGCUCCCGCGGCCCCACCUGUGCUCCGCUCGCCUGGCGGCCCCGCGCCCUCGGAGGGGAACCACGACGGCCCCUCGCCACCCGCCCACCGCACCCUCCAGGCCCCCGAAGCCCGACCGCCGGGACGCACAUCCAGACGCGCGGCCGCCCGGGACCCCGCUGCCGACGCCGACACGCCCGAGAACCCGCCUCAGAACCGCGGGGUCGAGACGCCGGGGCGCAGACCCCAGACCCGCCGCCGCCCGUGAUCCCGCUGCCGACGCCGACACGCCCGCAAACCCGCCUCAGAACCGCCGGGUCGAGACGCCGGGGCGCAGACCCCAGACACGCCGCCGCCCGGGACCCCGCUGCCGACGCCGACACGCCCGCGAACCCGCCUCAGAACCGCCGGGUCGAGACGCCGGGGCGCAGACCCCAGACCCGCCGCUGCUGCCCGGGACCCCGCUGCCGACGCCGACACGCCCAAGAACCCGCUUCAGAACCACUGGGUCGAGACGCUGAGGCGGAGACCCCAGACGUACAGCCGCCCGGGACCCCGCUGCCGACGCCGACACGCCCGCGAACCCGCCUCAGAACCACUGGGUCGAGACGCCGGGGCGCAGAACCCAGACCCGCCGCCCGGGACCAAUUUGCCGAGGCCGACACGCCCAAGAACCCGCUUCAGAACGGCCGGGUCAAGAUGCCAGGGGAAGACCCCAGACGUACAGCCGCCCGGGACCACACUGCCGACGCCGACACGCCCAAGAACCCGCUUCAGAACCACUGGGUCAAGACGCCGGGGCGCAGACCCCAGACCCACCGGCCGCCCAGGACCAAGUUGCCGACGCCGACACGCCCAAGAACCCGCUUCAAAACCACCGAGUCGAGACGCCGAGGCGGAGACCCCAGACGUACAGCCGCCCGGGACCCCGCUGCCGACGCCGACUCCCAAGAACCCGCCGCAGAACCACUGGGUCGAGACGCCGAGGCGAAGACCCCAGACCCGCCGCCGCCGCCCGGGACCCCGCUGCCGACGCCGACUCCCAAGAACCGGUCUCAGCCCCGCACGGUCCACACCCGCACACCGCCCGAAACACUCGCGCGCCAGCUCACCGUCGCGGCGGCGGUCGCCGAGCGUCCACGCGGCCGGUUGCUACGUGACACGCGCGCACACAAGUUAAGGCCUUAA